CCCCGUCGCCUGACUCUGGAUCAGCUCCUCUCCAGCCCCCUGCGCCUCCGCUCUCAGCCAGGCAGCAAGAGCCGACCCGGGAUCGGGAUUCACCGAGAACAGAAAAGCGUGGCGCGUGAAACUCAGCCCCUUCCCAAAACCGAGCCAACCUGUGUGACGGCGGCGUGGACGGGGUGUGGGCGCGCGGAGCGGAGAACAGUCACGUUUCCGUCUGCUCGUCGCUCGCGUCGCCUGUCGGAGGAUCCGUAUUUGUCAGCAGUUCAACCUCAAGCUUGAAGAUGUCAAAAAUCAGUGCUUUCAUGAUGAUGACACUGGUGUCCCUGGUGUUUGCAGAAGAGGAGAACUCAGCAGAUGCAGCCUUUACAUUUGACUACAAGAGGCUGCGUGUCGGAGGCCUGACUCUGGCUGCUGUCCUCUGUCUCAUUGGCAUCACCAUCCUGCUCAGUGGCCACUGCAGGUGCAAGUUCAACCAAGACAAGAGGAGGACAGGAAGCGGCGCUCAGCCGAUGCUUAGUGACCAAGGUCGUGCCUGCAACUGCUAGGCGUCGCUAGAGUCUGUGACCCAGCAUGGAGGAGGAGACACAACAAGACACUUUUGUUUUUUUUACUUAGUGAGUUUCAGCGGAAGCAAUCUGUGCAUAGCUGCAAUGAGGUGUGAUGUUUGCUGCCUCAAACCCGAGAUAAUGAGCUAAACCCUGCGUCUCCACGCUCAGACACGUGUUCCUUUGAUCUGAACGUGGUAAAACAAGCCUUUUACCAAAAAAGUACUGGUGUCCGCAUACUGUUGGUGUGUCCGUGUCUCGCACUACUGCUGUCGUCUGUACUGUAAGUGUAAGGGCAGCGUUGAUGUAGAUGUUAGUCGCUUACAUGUAGUCUGACAAACCUAGUCUACCGCCAAGGCUUUCCAUGUAGUCAUGAUUAAAGCGCUGUUUGUUAUCUAACUCGUGAUUCUCUGUUAAGUCUCAUGCAUAGCUUCAUCGAGGGUUGGAGUGUAUUGCUCUGUUCAGAGAUUCAGAAAGAUACCGUCAUGUUUCUAUAAAACAAUUGUCGAAACAAAUCUGAGUUUUGAGCUUUUCUGACUGCAUGCCUGUGUAUAUGUGUGUGCAAUAAAAGCUUUUUAAAAUCA